AACUGCUACCAAACCGAAACAAGUGCAAUCAAAUUUCUCUUUAGUUGUCUACUAAAAGCUCCUAUGUUAAAACUUUGUCUAGUUGAUAAUUGUUAUAUCUAACUCAGACAUUAUUCCUAAUAAUCUUAUCUUUCUCGAAUAACAAGUCUUAUCAGACUAGAACAAAAUAGUAUCCAGUGUACAGAAGAGCACAAUUUUCUCCCACAAUCCCGCUCUUUUGGUCCAAAAACAAAUCAUCACUGCCCAGAUCUCGUUCUGCCACUGAUUUCGCUGUCCUCAAGUGGGAAGAGUCCACUCUUCAACAAGGAAUGUUUGAAAUGGAAAUUUCCAUGACCAAAGUAUUUUUUACCUUGUAAUUUGGUUUGGAAUUUUCCUUGCCAUGAAAACAGGACCUUUCAAUUCCCAAGGUUGAUUUGGAUUGGAUGGGAACAAGGAGCCUCUUUAUGGCUAAGACCCACAUUGAUUCCAUCAACCUACGAGCUGUGAAUGAUUUUGUUUGUGUGAACAUGUUGUGGGCCUUUGGUUCUCUGCGGGUGUUCCUUUGCAAAUAUGUGCUCUAUGUUUUGGGAUUGGUGCUCAGAUACAUCUUCAGGUUUCUUCAUCUGGGAGAUGCAAAAGAUGAGGCUAUUGAUCAGAAAGUACCACAUGUUGAGAGGAACCAGCUUUCUGAUUCUGAGAUUGAUGGGUUUCGAGAGGAGCUGGCAAGUUUUCUGUUUUGGAGUGAUGAUUUUCAGGAAACUGAGUGCUCUACCCUUUUCAUGGAGGUUGCUCCUGAAAGUGGGAGAAGAAGUGGAAAAACUGAGAACUCUGUUUUUUCCACGGAGAUUGCUCCUGAAAGUGAGAAAAGAGAUGUAGAAAAUAAGUUCUCGGUUCUGAUGGACACCCACUGUGAUGUUCAUGAAGAUGGGAUGAAAACAGAGGUGCCCGCGGAUAGCUUUGUUUCAAAACAAAUUGAAUUUGACAUUGGUGAAGCUGGUAUGAGUGUUACUCAUGAAGAUGGCACGGAAGCAGAAAGAGAAACAGAGGAGUUUGUUUCCAUGGAAACUAACUCGGAUGUUCAUCAAGAUGUUCAAAAGGUUGGUGAUUAUGAAAAAGAGAUCUCUAUUUCCACAGAGUGUAACUCUGAUCUCGAUCAAGGAAGUGUGGAGAGAGAAGAGGAAAUAGAAGAACCUGCGUCUGGGGAGAUUGACCCUGUUGUUCACGAAGAAGUGAUGAAAAUCGAUGGGAAUGAAACAAGCAGCGAUGUUUUAACGGAGAAUGUCUCCGAAGAAACUGUAAAUGGCGAUGGGGAGAAAAUAGAAGAAAAUGAGAGCUCUGUUUUCAAUGAACAAGAGUCCAAUGCUCAUGGUGAUGAUACAGAAAGAGAAGAAAAAGAAGAAAAAACAUAUGGGUGUGUGUCUUUGAACACUAACUCUGUAACAACCACAAGUAAAUGCGAGUACUUAUCAGGAAAAGAUAUAAGUGGGUUCAUGGAGGAACCAACAACGUUGAGGUUCAGUUUUCGAGAAUUUUACAUGGGUCCAGAUGUUUCAACCGUUUCUGAUAAUGCAUAUGCCAGCACCAAAAUUAUUGCCGACAAGGAAUUUUCGGAGUUUUGUUCAGAGAAAGACCCUGUAUCUCAAGCACAGACAGAGAACUCUGUUCAAGAUCAGGUUUCACCUUCUUCCACCCAUAUUCCGCUUCACUUUGAGAGUGAGAUGUUUGGUGGAUCCGAUUCAUCCGAUGAAGAUUAUUUUCUUUACAACGAAAACUCGGUCACUUCUGAUUCAGAGUCAGAGUCAUCAAGCUCAAGUGGUGUAAUCUGGGGCAACAGCAACAAAAUUGAUGAUUCAAUUGUGUACCAGUUUCUGGGAGGUAAAAAUGGUGGUGAAGGGUUUGAACCUGAGAUUCUGAAGCUGAUAAUGAGAGAGGAAAGAGAAGGCGAUGCAGAGGCAAAGCAAUCUUCAUGUGAUGGAAAGAUUUCAGAGUUGAGUGCUCGUGGCAUUUAUUCUGAAGAUGGGUAUGUGGAAAUGGAACCCUGCAUGAAGGGUUUUAAGCCCUUCAGUGCACAUGGUUUUGGUUGUAAAGACUCUGCCAAAGUAGUGGUCAGAGACAAAAAAGAAGAGGAAUUCAGGAAUGAGUUGGAGAAAAGAGAAGAAACUAGAUGGGAGGAUGAAUUGAGUAACUCAGAAUCUGACGAGGGUGACUUUGAAUGGGAGCAUGAUGAUCUGGUGGAACAACUGAGAUUGGAAUUGAAAAAUUCAAGGCAAGGAGGACUUGCCACAAUUUUAGAAGAAGAAGAGGAGGUAGAUGAAGAGGAAGAGGUGGUGGUGGUGGUGGAGGAGGAGGAAAGAGUAUCCUCAAGAGUUGUUGAAGGUCCAAACCCAGUGGAAAUUGAAGAGAAAAUUGAAUACAAGGAUCAAAUUGAUGAAAUUCUACAGGUUUACAAGAGCUAUGAAGAGAAGAUGAAGAAACUUGAUAUCUUGAAUUACCAGACCAUGCAUGCAUUAGGUCUGCUCCAACUAAAAGACCCUCUCAAAUUAAUUUCAAUACCAAAGUCUUCAAUCCAAGGUGCAAAGCCUGUAAUCUCUCAGAACUUGUGGCCACGCAAAGCAUCAAAGAACUCAUCUGACCCAUUGAUAAAGUUGGUGCAUGAACUGCAUAGAGAUUUGGAAUUGGUAUAUGUUGGCCAGGUUUGCCUCUCUUGGGAAAUCCUGUGUUGGCAACACAAGAAAGCUCUUGAGUUACAGCAAUAUGAUUCACAAGGGUCUCAUAGCCAUAGGUAUAAUCACGUUGCUGGUGAGUUUCAACUUUUUCAAGUACUAGUUCAAAGAUUCAUAGAGAAUGAACCAUUUCAAGGCCCUAGGCUACAGAACUACGUCAAGAACCGAUGCGUGAUUCGCAACUUGCUCCAUGUUCCAGGCAUUAAAGAAGAUGAUAAAGGGUAUGAGGAAGAGGAUGCUGCUAUUGCAAGUGGAAGGUUGACAGAGAUCAUCAAGGAAUCAAUGCGGGUGUUCUGGGAAUUUGUUCGAGCAGAUAAAGAUUACGGGAAUGUUAUCUUUAAAGCUUCUCAGCACCACAAAAUUGAUCUUAACGACCCUAUGAUUCCUGGUCUUAUGGUGGAGAUUAAAGCACAACUACAGAAAAAGGAGAGAAGGCUGAAGGACAUAGUGAGAACUGGGAAUUGCAUAGUGAAGAAGUUCCAAAAGCAGCAUGAAGAUGAACUUGAUCAUGAGCAAUUGGUUGCUCAGGUGGGGUUGAGAUUGAUUUCAAGGGUGUUAAACAUGUCAAAAUUGAAAAAAGAACAGGUAAUAUGGUGUAAUGAAAAGUUACACAGAAUCAAGUUUUUGAGCAGGAAGAUUGUCCAGGUGGAACCUUCCUUCUUGCUUUUUCCAUGUUGACUCAAAUCAAUUUGUUCUGAAUUGUAGAGCAAGAAAAAAAUGGUAGAGGAAUAGAGAUAGGGAUACCUUUUCACAGAAAAUGCUAUCCUAGAUUACACAGAAAUUGGGACACACAUCACAAAAUUCUCACUGUAUAUAUUUAUAUAUGUAUACAUAAGCUUGUGCUUAUACAACAUGGUCAUAUAAUAAAUGGCAAGCUUGGUUACUUCAGAA